AGGUUUGCAUUUAAAAUGGUUAAAGUAGAGCUGCUACCGGUCGGUACUAAUGUUUCCCAAGAGUUGUAAUAAAAAGGGUUCAAAGAUGAUGCUGGACUGACUGAUGAUAUAUCCAUGCGUGAACACGUACUGCUUUUCGCGUGCUUUUUGCGCGCUUUUCCUGGUCCUUUGUUUAAAAGCCGUUUCAAAGAUAAGGUGAGUGUUAACUUGUUUAUUCUAUAGCUGUUAGUAUUAAAAUUACUUUUAGCAACGCUAAAAGCACGUUUGUCUUUGUAAUGAUGGUUAUUCUCCCUGCUCGUCGAAAAAGGUGACGUGACACUUUAUUCUGGCUGGAAUCAGCCAGGUUUGAACUCCAGUGGAAGCCCAACCCACUGUUUUCUUUGACCCGUCGAAAAACUUUUUUUUUCUCAAAUUAGCCAUUUUGGUCGGUCUGAGUAAAACGCUUUCAUACAAAGAUAACCUUGCUGAACGGACAAUGCGGUUAUCUGCGCACUGCAUGCAUCGAUGUGUACCUCACGAAUGAGAACCAACCGAGGACGCUUAGAGUCAUUUUCAGUCCGUCUGGCAGAACCGCAACCUAAAAAAAAAGUAACGGACUAUUUUUAAAAUCAUUAGUUUGCCGCGUUUGAAACACUGUUCUAUCAUUAACUCGGCAGGGCAGAAGAAUUGACAAGUUUCUCCUGUUUGACCUCGAGUAUUUAAGAGCAGGUCUUUGCAUCAACAAAAUACGUGUCUUUGACGUUGAUUCAGAGAGCUCGCUUAACACAGAUGCCCGAAGAAUAUGGUGUCGGAAUUAGACGCGGUUAUACUGUACCAACAAAAAAAGGGACUGCAGACAUGAUACAUACAUCUAGGAUUUAUUGUCCGCAUUUACUUGAAACAUUGGGAUCAGUAUAAGAUUAAGGUGAUGUUACAUGGGACGAUUCGCAGUGACGAUUUUUAGCGCAUCACAGCGUUGCAAUGCUGGAACAAUGUUGCAACCAUUUGAAACAAUGUUCUGGGGCUAUGUUGCGCUAAAAAUCGUCUCGUGCAUUAUCACUUUUACGUAGCCUGCGUCGCUUACGAUUUUGUUGGGGAGCACUCGCUAAUGAGCGAGGAAGCAGCUAGAAGAAUGGGAAAAAGUAGUGAAAGACUUUCCACGCCGUUUGCGCGCACUCCCCGUUUUUCUUGCGCCCACUAUUUCCAAGCGCCUUUUCAUGGGCCUCUCGGGCAGGUGCUCCCUCCUCCCCCCUCGUGUGUCUCCCUCACGCGCCCCGUUCUUUCUUGCGCUCACUUCUUCCAAGCGCCUACCUACCCCUACCCUAAAGCAACAUUAUCAGUAACUUUUCAGUAAGGGCAAAAAGUUGGUGGGGGGUGGUGGUGGUUGAGGUUAGGUGGGCGGCGUCAUCACCAGGUAAGCGCUGCCUCAAAUCAUGGACUGCUCCGUCAACAGUGGAAAUAUUAGAUACAAAUGUUGAUCCCGAGAGGAGGUACACAGAAAAGUACCAUUCUCGUGUGGACCGGUAAAAGUGUACGCGUAAAUGAAUAGGUUCUUGUACUCUCAGUUUUCGCUUUGGCUGCCUGUUAGCUUGCACAAUAGGUGUUAUUGGCGGCGAUCUGGCGGGUUUUGAGGCCCGAGCGCGUGAGCGCCUCCUCUCGCGUGUCGCGCGCUUCAAAACCCGCUUGAGGGCCUGCAAUAACGGCUGUUGUCCACGCGCAAAUGGUUUAGGCUGCACGGUAGGCGUUUGAAAAUUUAUUACAUUGCUGGGUUAAAAAUGUACCAAGGAACAGGAGAAACGCAAAAUUAUUGUGCCGAACUAACGUGCUACUGUUUUUCCCGUGUCCGCCAUGAGCAUUUUGAGCGAUGAAUUUCAUUGGACAUAAAGAGCCACGUGACAGGUGUCGAACCUCCUCUAAUGCUGAGGGGUAGAGGGACGGGGUUGGGGAACCCGAAAAAUUCUGUUAACAAGCCGAUUUAAUCAUCUCAAGCAAUACAACAAGAUCUUUUGUUGUCACCUUAUUAAAAUGGCUGGGUGAUAUAUAAAGCUACUGAAUUUUUGAUCGUAUUUGAUGACUAUAAGUUAAAGCUUUCUCCAGUUAUAAUUAAGAAAAGGAUCUCUUUUAUUUAUGAUUUUGUGGAAUUUUUCCUUGUUAUCUUCUCAAAUGUCAAUUAAAACAGCUUUUAGCACUUUUUAAAUGAAUUUAGUACUUUUUAGAAUACUUUACAGCUCAUUAUCAUUGACUAAGAUGACACCUACGUCUGGAAAAAGGUCGGAGUGCGCAAUUCUUCUUAGUUCCGUCUGGUCUCACAGCAACGAAAGACAGACCAGCGUAUGUCUUUCACGUGAAAGUUGUAAAAAUCGCACGUGCAACCAGUGUGCAAUUUUUAUGAUUUUCAACGGUGUGAAUUCGGGAUUGGGGUGGUAUAUUGCGGUCUCUUUUUACUGUUUAAAAAAUUUCGCGAAGAAUUCUUUCCUCUACUGAAAAAAAAACUUAAGGCACUGGUUUUGGCGUAUUUUCUUGGCAAGAAAACCACGAAAUUUUCAAAAUGAGAAAGGGGAAGGUACUUUCAGGAUGAUAUAGUUUGUUUUAUAUUCUUGGUUUGUUUACAUUUUUAUAUAUUUAAAAGCACGUUUUGAAAAAAAAAAAAGAUGGUUAUUCAAGUCUUUUUCACUUAGCAAGGAUGGUAUAUGGAGACAGAUUAAAUCUCGUUCAUUUUCUCAGUGUCUAUUAUUGUGUAUCUUCUAAUAACCCAAUCGGCUUCUUUCGAAAGCUUUAAAGCUUUGUUUCAUGUUUCUUGAUUCUUAAAGCUCAAGGUUAUUUUUGAAGUUUUCUUUUCUUGGAUCAAGGGAAGAAAGCAGUCAAAAAUAAAAAACAAAAUAAAAUAAAAUGGACCUUACUGUUGAAUAUUGAAAAUUGUCUUCUUAACACGCAGUGCUGAAAAAUUUAAUGCAGUAUCUCGUAUGGUUUUUAUUUUGCAAAAUCAUGUUUUGAGAAAAUAAAAAUAGUCUGUUGUCUUUGACGUUAGUUUCACAAUCUUUCUGUCAAUUCCCUGGUUAUAAUGACGAUAAAUAUCGCUAUCCUAUAAUAUUAAGGAACUUCCUCUCCCUUUUCCAAAGGACAUUGUUUUUUCGAGGGCUACAUUUGAUAAAGAAAAUAAGCAGUUAUACGAAUCAGAGAAAAAUACUUUCAAAUAAAAUUCUGGAAUAUUUGAUGACAAUAAGCCAUUUUAGCCUUAUUUUUGGCUAGGGCAUGUCUCGAUUAAGCUUACAUGACGGUAUUCUCGGUAGUUGAAAGAAAGAAAGAAAUGUCGGUUUGAAGAAAUUACAGAAUUUGUACUAAUAUAUACUCUUCGAUGUUCAGAAACCAAUCUAAUAAUAUCACUGAAAUUUUUCAGGUUAAAAGUUGUUUAUUUUUAAGUUAUUUAUUUAGUCCGGGUUAAAAAAGAUUUAUAGUUUAGCAAUGUUACCUUUUACAAGAACAUUACUGAGCAGUACUUUCCUGUGGUACUGUUUAUUAUGCUAUACAAGGUGCUUCCGGGUCCAGCACUUGAGUCUGUUAAUGAAAUCCUAAAGUUACUGAAAUGUACUUUGCUGUUUUACUUUACCGUAUUUUUGUAGUCUUUUACAAAAUUUGGCAUUUUUCUUGAAUUUUGUUUUGUCAAAAAGUACCGAUCGCAUUCUGAAAAAUAGUCGCAAAAAUAUCGUUCCUCGUUCAAAUUGAUAUUUCACUUAUUUGUGAAUUUCGUGAUUAGUGUACGAAAACUGAAUAGCGGUGUUUAUUUUAGCAAUUACAGUUUGUGAAACUAAUUGAAUUCAAAGCAAAUCUCGUCCUCCCAAUGGCUAAAUGACAAAAUUCUUCACGAAAACAGUGACAAGGUGUCCAUGGUUACUUCGUAGUCUGUGAGUUUUUCGAUAUUUAUGGUGUAAAAUGUCGGAAGAAUUGAGGUCGCCAUGGAUAGGAAACCCCUUUUAGAACAAUUUUCAAUCUCGGGUGAAUCUCUAUUGGUCGCCCAUGGACUGAGCUGUUUGUAAGUGGGGUUAAAUUUACUUUUUUCAAAAUCCAUCAACAUUAUUACAGGCUAAGUGUUUGAAGCCCCCAAACGCAGCCUCACAAGUUAACAGCGGCAGAAAAAAGCCUGUAGAAACAAUCAAGAAAAAAAGAAGCUCUGUACUUUAGGGGGCCGAAGUAAAGAGGAAACACCCAGCAAAACGAAGAAAAAAACAGAAAAUAUCCGUUGAUUGAGAAUGCGAUACGAGGGGCAAGCUCGCCCACUAGCGUAUGUUACUCUCCUGGCGUUGGUUUUCACGGAAGGGAUCGUUAACGCAGCAAGGUAAUCGCCGAAAUAUUUUCUAGAAAUCGCUUGUGUUACCUCGUAAGUCUUGCAUUUACUUUUAGGAAUAUCUUUAGCAAAUUUGUACUUUCAAAUUCUCACUGAAUUUGUCCAUUAAUGGUAUGAAGUUGUGUAACAGAGAUAGAUGAAGUACUAAAUCAAGAAUAUUCUCUCUAGGUAGAAAAAGGAAAAUAAAAAAGGGCCGUGAAAAACAAAAGAAAUCACCACUCCUUUUAGAACGGGGAAAAAAGGAAACAAAACGGAAAGAGUUCUCGUUUUGGAACGAGCAAAUUACAUAAGCGAAAAAUUCAAAACUGUAUUUUACAAAGUAACAUGUUGGAAAGCAAUUCCCUUGCUGGGCAAUUCUGAAAAAUGAAUAACUAUGUACGUGCCAGCGACUCGAAAUUUCAUGACCAUGAGGCGCAAAAUAUUUUUUAUCAGCGUUCAGUGCUGUCUCUACAAUCGUGUUCAGUUUUAAAAUUUUCUGAAAUACUGGAAAAUGUUGAUUAAAAUAGUCAGCGCUUUACGCCGAAGCUUCCAUAAUUUAGAAUUCAUUGUUGAGAAAGGAAAUUUGAAGCUUCUUUGUAAGGAAAAAAUUUUCUAAAACAAGGAAGCUAAAAUAAGGCGACAGCCAAGAGUUUAAGUUUGGACUCGUCUAGUCUCAGAUUCGCUAAACAAGGAAUUAAUGUUUUCCUCACAAAAAAAGGGAGAAAACGAUUCUUAUUGCAAAUGACCUCAAGUUGAUCAAGAAGUGCUGGGCGUUGCUCUUUGAAUUUUAAUCCUUUUUCGGUUGUUCAGUAAAUCGGCCAAGUUUCAUACAUAACGUGCCAACACCUUGAAGUGAACGCAAAACGUUUAACAAAAGUUUACUUUAAAAGGAAUAAAAAAGAUUACUUGAAAGUUAGUCAUAAUAUUAGGCGAAUCUAACGAUGUAUAUGGAAUUGGCUUUCAGAAAUGAAUUGCCAGAAACGUUUGAGGCUGAAGUAGACGGGCUCGCCGACUUGGAGAGACAGCAAAGAUCUUUCCGAACCUGUAAGUAACCGUCAAGCUUUAUAAAAGUAAAUUUCCAUUUUUUUAAAAAUUCAUGAGAGUAAAAAGACCUAUGGAAGGUGGGGUCGAAGUGGUUUUAUUUGAAUGUUUUCGCCAUCGGUUUCGUCGCACAGAAUAGCUUGAGCCAAUCUGUACAGCGUUACAAACAGUACCGCAGGAAAGUAUUGAUCAGUAGCUUUCAUUUUAAUUAUCACACUUCGCAAUAUCACACACUCUAAAGGUAGAUCCGCCUCGUCAACGUUAAGACAGAGUACUACGGGAAUGCACUACUCAGCCGAUAGAUUGAGAUGUACUGAUAAAUCAUGCGUUUUGUUUUCUCGCGGAUCAUGAAACAGUUUUAUCAUUCCCCACCAACAAAAGAAGCUUUUUCAGUCUUUAUAAUCGCGAAGUAACACCUCUUUUAGCCCCUCUUUUACGCUUUUGGUUUUACGCUAACGUAUAUUACAUUUUGUUACCUUUUGUAAAAGAUGUUUAAGAACCUACUUCAGGUUUAUAAAACGUAAAUAGCUUUAUGAAAGAUUUUCACUGGUUUUAAGUUGCCUCGCCAUGUCUUUAACUUAUACCUUGUCUUUUAAAAGUAUCUUAAAUAUCACUUGAAAAAAUACAGGGUGGUCUAACAGAACCGUUGGUUAUUGAAGAUCUUUACACAACUUUUGACCCAAAUCUAUUUCAAUAAAGAAAUGACGAGAAUGAAUGGUAUAAUUUUGACCUCAUUGUGUUUUUUGCUUAACAACAAUUCGUUAAGUUUUGAAAAAAUACCCUUUACGAGACUCUAAUAUUUUGAGACUUAUGAGCAAGGUGUGUCUUUUUUCUUUUUGUUUUGCUCAACAUAAACCCGAAAAAAGAUCUUAAUAAAAUCUCUUGCAACUGUCCAGUUUUCCUUGUUUUAAUCCACUACUUUUCUUUCAAAAUAUCGGUAUAUCUUCUGGAAGGCAGAGUUAAAAAGGGCAAAAUAAAUCUUAAAAAUGGAAAUUAAAUUCUUUCUUUUGUGGAAACGCUAACUUAGCAACCGCCGUUGCUAUUUAAUAGUUGACGUAAAGAUCUUCUAGCACGUGACAAUAAAUGUUCCCCCGCACGAGAAUUCUGGGAACGAGGGAUUUGGUUCCGUUUCUCGAAAACACCGAAACCAUCUCCGCUUCCCAAAGAUAUUUUGCGUAGACAAAAUUUACCUUUUAGAAUGAAGAGCUGUUUCAUUAAUAGACCAUGUUGCAAUGAAUAGGCUUUACAAUCAUCGCAAAAGUUUUAGUUUUAAAAUCGUAUUGUUUAGCCUGCGAGAAAGCUGUCCCGCGGGUGCGGGGGUGGGGGAGGGAAAAGGGAAAGAGCCCUUUUCCCUCUCUUUCCCUACCCCCAACCCGCGCACCCCCACCCCGCUCACGCUUUCUAGUACAUUUCUUUGUCGUUCACUGCACUACUACGACGUGAAACCUACUAAUGCGACGUUUUAUGGAGGACGUGAACAUACGACGACGAAUUUCUGAACUUUCUUGAACCUGGAUAAAGUCCUUACGAAUUCAACUUCAGGACAAAUCGCCUAUAUUUGAAAAACUGAGCGGGCCAAGUGGACGCGAUAAUGUUUGAGAGGGCGUAGUUUCAUUUUUUAGUGAUGUUUUCACCGCCCUCCUUGCUAAACACAAGAUCGGAUAACCUGCGUGUAAGAGAGGUUCAUUCCCUUUUCAGGUUCUCCCACACCUAUGUAUUUCUCUUCUAGUUAUUCUUCAUAGUUUUUUGUUGUGAAAUCAUUAACGCAAGGUAAAGCAAGAAGGAAAGCAAUGGCUAUACUUGUUAAUUACACCUGAUCAUUUUACGUUUCUGUAAAACUUCCCACCUACCCCUCCCCUAAACCAACAUUAACACUUAGUUCUUACUUAAGGCAAAAUGUUGGCUCAGGGGAGGGGUAGGUCCCAGAAACGUAAAAUGAUCCAUUAUACGUUGAAGAGUUUUAUGAAAUUGGCACUGUUCCGCUUGUCCUCGAUUCCUUACUACAUUCCUCGUUGUCUCCUCUUUGACAGAUGAUUACGGACCCUUGAGAAGAACAAGCAGUGCACGCACUAUCCACUUGCCAGUUAAAAGUGAUGGCAGUGCGUGUGGAGUCACGUGCGCUAACGGUGGUACAUGCGUAAACAACUCUUGUGUCUGUACCCCAGGCUGGACUGGAGUUGACUGCACACAGAGUAAGUUUCGUGUCACGCUCAGUAAUUAAGUCACGCUAGUUGUCCCCACUUGAGACUGUCACGCUGUGUCACGCUGGUUUAGGUCUUUUCCUACGCCUGUAAGGUCACUCUUUCGUGGGAUGCGUCAAGUAACGUAACAAAUGCAAAGCAUUCUUUCUUAAGAAAACAUGCGAACAUGAAUCUGAAAUUAAGGAAAAGAAGUUAAGAAUUUCCUCAGCUGCAUCCAGUUGUAUGCACAACCAACAACAAAAAAACGGCCUUCCCCUUUCUGUGCCCAAAAAUUAGUUGAGAAAUUGUCUAGAAACAAAGCCUUGCUUGAUUUAAUAAUCAGUUCCCGUAAUCUCCCUUUCACAUCACAUUUUUGUACAACCGCCGAUUUUCAUUGGUUAAUACCUUAUUUGUGUUGGUUCAACAGAGGUCUGCUCUCCCCCAUGUCUAAACGGAGGUGUUUGUCUGAGCGGAGCCUGUAACUGUGUAGGGGACUGGGAAGGAGAUCAUUGUCAGACACGUGAGUUAACAUUUCUUUCAGCCUUGAUUUCACAAUAAGAGCUGCUGAACCACGUAACAAAAUUUUUUACCGCCUUAAAAUGAAUCCUCUUAUUCAAAGUAACACAGACACUUAAAUUAUCUUGCCCCUCGUAGAUGUAGGUCUUUUAAAUAAUGCUGUUUUGGUUUUCGUCAAAAUUCUGCGGGCUAACUACUGAUUGCUCAAUUUAAACAAUGGGUAAGCUCUUGCGCCAAGCCGUGAUGUUGAGAUGAUUGGGCGCACACACGCACACACGCACACGCGCGCACACGCGCGACACCCACUGCUGGGGUCCAAGCCUACAAUAGAUGGCAUUCUACUGUACAUAUUUUCUAUUGGAUAGUUAAUGUUACAUGGUAGUACUUAUCAUAUAAAAACUUCCCUUUUUUGUGUUAUUGAAGAUGUAGAGCUACUGUACACCUGUUCUUCCAUAAAUUUGGUUAUUUAUUCGUUUACUUAUUUUGCAGUGUUACGACUACUAUAACGAGCAACUAACUGUUUAAAACUGUCUCAUACAGGAAAGUGCACAAAAAAUUGCCAGAACGGAGCAGCCUGUGUGAAUAAUGAGUGUGUUUGUACAAGUGGUUGGGCAGGGCAACUUUGUGACAGAGGUGUGUUAAUGAUGUAUACUUUGUUCACUAAAACUGCAAACUGGUGAACAUUAAAAAGCAGAGUGCCUGCUAACAUCAAAAAGCAAUCCUGAGUUCCCCGAUUCAAGUCCUGUCCACUAGUCCAUUUUUCUUCGAUAGAUCCUUAGUGCAACUCCUUAGCCACGAUUACGGUAGAUUUUAUCCGCCUGUUCGAUUCCCAUUGAGGUUCAAAAGCGUGGUUCCCUAAUUCUGUAUACUGUGGCUUACGUUCAGUCGGAAAUUCAAAAAUGAUCUUUAUCUCUUAAAAUUACUACUUGGAGUAGUUCUCUUUUCCACGAUUUGCCUUGUCAGUACUACGUGGCGCAACGUUUGAAUGCUUGCAAAUUGAUAUGCAUCUGGUACGUGGCGAUGUUUUGAAGGGUGUAUGUCAUGGCAAGUUCCUUAUUUUUAAGGUUAGACUCUGACUAGCUCUAACGCAGAAUUAAAAAUUCUAACUUACUGAACAGAAUAAUUUUUAUAGUCGCCUUUUAGCAUUUCAUACGCGUUCACAAAAACGGAGAUUUUCUGGACGCCCAAAGACGAAAGUAAGUCGCUUGGGGUCACCGAGCUCGGCUAGAUCGCGCAGCCCUGCCAGGGGAAUUACCAGCCGUUAUGGUCACCGUGACUCGUUUGUUACUCAACCUAACUAUAAUUCUUUUUUCACAGCUACUUGUGUUCCAUAUUGUCAGAACGGCGGAACAUGCGAGAAGCCUAAUGAGUGCAAAUGCACGCCGUGGUACACAGGCGCUAUGUGCGAAAGAUGUAAGUUGUCCCUAUUGAUAGAACUCUUGAACACUCAUCUUCGAUGGUUUAUAUUAAAAAAAAAGCAAAAUAUUUUCGGAAGAAAGAAAAGAAUUUUCUCGAUCAACAGUUUCAUUGACGCCUGUUUUCUCAAGCUCCCUGAUAAGAGUGUUAUUAUAAAAAAUCUGCUUUAUCGUUUGUUUGUAAUUUUCAGCCCUUUGCAAUCCUGACUGUGGAGUGGGUGGAGUGUGCGGCUACAAUAAUACAUUAAGUAAGAUGAUGUGUACCUGUCUUCCUGGAUAUCAUGGUGAAGCAUGUGACCUAGGUAUGGACCUCUCUUUACAACCUUAUUGAGGAUUUCUGGAGAUUUUGGAGUCUUUGGUUUACUGACUUUAUGCCCACCUGCCAUCUCUCCCUUCUCCCUCCCUUCCUCUCUUCCUUUCUUGCUUCCCAAGACUUCAAUUUAUUCUGCUUCCUUCCUUCCCUUCCUUCCUUCCUUCCCUCGUUGCCUCCUUCCUUGCUUCCUUCCUCCCUCUCCCUCCCUCUCUUCCUUCCUUUUUUUCUACCUUCCUUUCUCUCUUUCUUGCCUUCCUCCCUUCCUCCCUCCCUCCCCCUCUUCCUUCCUUCAUUUCUUCCUGCCCCUUCCUCUCUUCCUCCCUCUCUUCCUCCCUUCCUUCCUUCCUUCCUUCCUUCCUUCCUUUCUCCCUCCCUUCCUCCCUUCCUUCCUUUCUUCCUGCCCCUCCCUCCUUCUCUUCCCUCCUCUCUUCCUUCGCUCCUCCCUUCCUCCCUCCCCCUUCCUCUCUUCCUUCCUUUCUCCCUCCCUCCCUUCCUUCCUUCCUUGCUUCCUUCCGUCCUUCCUCCCUCCCCUCCCCCCUCUCUUCCUUUCUCCCUCCCUCCCUUCCUUCCUUCCUUCCUUCCGUCCUUCCUUCCGUCCUUCCUCCCUCCCCUCCACCCUCUCUUCCUUUCUCCCUCCCUCCCUUCCUUCCUUCCUUGCUUCCUUCCGUCCUUCCUCCCUCCCCUCCACCCUCUCUUCCUUGCUUCCUCCCUCUCUUCUUCUUCCUCUUUCUUCCUUCCUUCUUUCCUUCGCUUCUUCCUUCCUCCUCCUUCCUUUUUUUUCUCCCUUUCGUUUUUCCUGCCUCUUUCCUUUUCUUUUUUUCUCUUUUUUUUAUUCUUUUCUUUUCCUUCUUUUUUCUUCCUUACUCUCCUAAUCCCUUUCUCCUUUCAUUGGUCUGCUUUCUCUCCGCGGACUUAAUUGCAUUAAUGCUGUGAUCUAAUGUUUCUCAUUUUUGUUCAUGGUUUGUUUUAACAGUACGUCCAUGUGAGAUGCCUCUCAGUCAAGGUGUUAGUGCCCAGUUUCUCGACGAAACCUUUUAUCUAAACUCUCAGAAUAAGCUCCCCUUCACUGGCAACGCUGCCUCCAAGAUUGCCUGUCUCAAGUAUCUUGAAGAAGUGGACAAAAAGUGCUAUUCAAAAAACACAACGUUCACGCAGACAGAGUGUGAGAAGUAUUGCGGUAAGCAGUGAUUUUGUUAGAAAUGGUUAUGGUGAGUCUUUGGACUCAUCUUGUGAAAAAUCAUAAGUCAUAAGUCCCAGUGAGUCCAAGUUCAAAAAACAACGACUCCUAAAUUGAAAAAGGUUGGGUCUUGAUGUAAUCAGGCAGUUACUGAAUCUCAAGACAGACUCCAAAACUCUUCAUCACAGUUUACUGAAAUUAAAAUAUAAUCCUCCUGUUUAAACAACAAAAAUUGAGGGGACGAAAAUGAAUAUGCGUCUUUAAACAACAACCACGUUAACAGCCACACAAAUCACAGAAACAGGAUUUUCUACAAAAACAUCCUCAGAUCGAUCGAUCUUUGCGUCCGACGGGACGCACCCACACAGUAAUUUUCAGGGAGUUAUAAUAACUCCUCUAGUGGGGUUAAUUUAGCUCCUUACAGUGCAGUUAUUUUUUGGGGAGUUAUUUUAACUCCAAAAAAUAGUUUAACGAACUCUUUUUCAGGAGUAGAAAUGGCUCCAGAUAUUGAGGAGUUAAAAUAACCCCAAAAAAGGAGUUAUCCUGUACCUAAAAUUUUUACUCCACUUUCAGAGUUAAAUUAACUCCAAAAAGAGAAAAAACAACCCAUGUAAGGAGUAAAAAUAACUCCAUUUUCGGAGUUUUUUUAACUCCAGACUGGGAAUAAAGAGAAUUCUUUUUCAGGAGUAAAAAUCACCCCAAAUUUGGAGUUAAAUUAGGAGUUAAAGUAACCCGAAAAAGGGGUUAUCCUGUACCGAAAAUUUUUCCUCCAUUUUUGGAGUUAUAAUAACUCCCUAAAAAUUACGGUGCAUUGAAUUAUUUUACGUCUUUGGGGAUUUUUAUGCGUCUUGGACGCAUGCGCAGGACGCAGAGGUAACAAAAUCAGUGGGCAAGUCAUUUAUUUAGGACAGAUAAUUGACUUCAAGUAUUCCCUUGUUUUCUUUUUUUUAAAAGAGAAAUAGUAAAGGGCAAAACAUAAAUAAGAGCGCGGAAAAUAUCACCCUUUCUGCUCUUCCUUUGGAAUUGCACUAGACUUUCAAUCCAGAGGCCCCGAGUUUAACUCCCGCCCUCCCGCUACCUGGAUGUGUUCUCGGUAGUUCCGAUUUUACAGCGUCGGUCAUGUUUGUAAAUAAAUAAGUAGUUUGCCUCUCUCCAGUUGGGAUUUUUGACCCUCUUAUGUUUGAUUCGAAUUGUUUGUUUCAUUAUGCCUGAAACGCCCUCAAGGGGAGGGAAUAAUUUAAUGUCUAUAUUUGUUUACUCCUUCAUGAAUGUCACCACACAUUUGGGUUUAUUUUUUCAGAUGCUCUGGAGACGAAUGAUAUCUGUAAGAAGAUCUGGAACCCGAUUGGCUAUGGAUAUUCUGAAAAUAAUCUCAAGCGAGACAACAUCACGUGGUACUACGAUACGGCCACACAGUCCUGCAAGCAAUUCCAAUCGCUUGGCUGCCUCGGAAAUGAAAACAACUUCAAAACUGAGUCGAUCUGCCGAACAAAAUGCUCUAGUAAGCACAUAAUGAUAGUUGACCCUUUCAAAAUUCAUAAAAGGACCAAUUUUCUUUCUAGUUUUUGAAAAGGAAUCUACAUUUUGAACGUUCUGCUGAAGUCAAAAGUGCGAACCACCUCGUAUGGCAUAAUAGACAGGACCACAGGAAAGUACUGUUUAGUAGCUUCAUUUGAAUGGUUACACUUUAAGAUGUCGUCCACAAACUUAAUAUUAAGGACCACCUUGUUCAGCGUAAUAAACAGCACCACAGGAAAGUUCUGCUCAGUAGCUUUCAUUUGAAUGGUCGCACUUUAGGUUUUCACCCACAGACUCAAAAGUUAGAACCACCUUGUACAGCACAUUGAAUAGUACCACAGGUAAGUACUGCUCAAUAGCUUUCACUUGAAUGGUUACAAUCUGGAAUUUCGUCCACAGACUGUAACAUUAGAGACUGACUACGGUUGAGAUCCGUGGUUGCAAAUGGAUUUAAGUUUAUAUUCUCCUGAACUGAAUUACCAGCAAUCAGCUAUUCCUUCCUUGGCUUAGCUUAUGCUAACUUUUACAUGACAAGACAUCAGAUCACUUAGUCCAAAAAUAAAAGAACCCGUCCGAAUUCGUACUUUAUAAACGAGCGCAAUUCGUAUCCAGUAUGUCUCAUUCGAAAACGCCAUCGUUUCAAAAAUAUAUAUUUUUUAUUUUAUUGCAGAGGUUGUCCCGACUCUUCCAGCAACAUUACCUGUCAUAAACGGUACGUUAAUAACAUGGAUAUAAUAAUAAAAUAAUGGAUAUAAUAAGAAAAUAAUUGAUAAGGUUGAGCAGUAUAGAGAGAAUUAUCAAACCUGAGGCUGUAUUAUUUGGCGUUGCCUAAGUCUGGGGCGGAUAACACAAACUAUUAGAAAGGUUUUUAAAAAGGCAAAAACUGUCGUGCGCCUUAAUGUUUUCGUGGAAAAAUGAAAAAAAAUUACAAAUGAUGAAUUAGCUACGGAGCGACUAAUCUGUAAAUUUCCAUCCUUAUAGCACCUGGAAGUUGUUUUGUAACUGGUAAAGACCACUUUAGCACCUUUGAUAACACUGGUUACCGCUUUACUGGAGCUUGUUCAUCUAUGUUGGUGAUAGACAAUGAGAAUCCUAACCAGUUCAAAGUUGUCCUGAACGGUGAUCCAAACUGUAAUGUUAGCGUACCGUGCCAGAAGUCAUUAGACAUGAUCGUAGAUGGUGUCAGCGUGCAUCUGGGAGCAACGACAAACACGUCUUUUGUUGUGAAAGUGGACGGCAAUCCGAUAAGUCUGCCUUAUACGGCGUCGAGUCCAUUAAUUAAACAGGUCAGUGAUAGUUAUAUUUCGUUUGUGGAAACCAGAAUAUCAAUUAGUCAGUCAGUCAGUCAACAAGUCAGUCAGCCAGUCAGUCAACCAAUCACUCGGCCAACCCGUCAGUCGGUCGGUUGGUCGGUCAGUCAGUCAGUCAGUCAGUCCCAUCGGCGAUAGCCUGCAAGUUUUUCAUGUUACGAGGCUAGUAAAGUACAAGUAAUUUUUCAUGUGUUUAGUACCUUGAAAUUCUAAACAUUCUUCAGAUGCUUAUCAUUCAACCUAUUUACUGUUUCUCAUUCAACAGAGUGGCCGCUAUGUACUAGUAAAGUCUAAUGACCGUAUCAACAUUCUUUGGGAUGGUGUAAAAGACGUUAUCAUCAAAGUCCCUGAUACCUACUUGUAUUCCAAAGAUCACAAACUGAUUGGUCUUUGCGGUCUUUAUGACGGCAACAGUACCAAUGACUUCACCGAUAUCCAGGGAAACGAGAUUCAGAACCCAACACAGGACCAGAUCAACUCUUUCGCGGACAGUUUCAAGCAGGAUCCGAACUGUCAAAACCAGCUCUCUACCAAAUUGAAAUGUUACAGUCCAGACGGAAACGACGCCAACGGUAGAAUCCACGCCGAGCGCGUGUGCAGCGUUCUUGAGGAACCCGCUUUCCAGCCGUGUCACCGGUUCGUUGACCCCAAGCCUUUCGUGGAAAUGUGCAUGUAUGAAGUGUGCAGUACGAACUACACUAAUAACCCUAGGAGCAUGUGUGACGCCCUCGCUCUUUACGCGCGGGUCUGCGCGUGGUAUCACAACACGACCCUUACGUGGAGGCAGCAGUUCUGUCGUAAGUAGAUAAUUAAAUCAACUUUUGAUACCAGCUAGUCAGUCAGCCAGUCGACGGUCAAUCAGUCAGUCGACGGUCAAUCAGUCAGUCGAUAAGUCAGUCAGUCAGGUAGUCGGUGAGUUACUCAGUCAGCCAGUGAGCCAGCCAGUCAGACAAUCAGUCAGUCAGUUGGUCAUUUUUAGUCACUUAGUUGGUCAGUCUGUUGGUCAGUUAGUUGGCCAGUCAGUUGGUCAGUCAGUUAGUCAGUCAGACGGCCAGUCACUCAGCCAGUCAGUCAGCCAGUUCUUCAUUAAACUUUUCUCGCUCCUUUUCCUGUAAAAUGAACAAAUAAGGCCAUAACUGCCUAUCGCCUUCAAUUGUUUCAAGCUUGAGCUGGUUGAAAACGUUGGUAAACCAUAAAGGUUUUCUGACCAACUAACCGAGAACAGUUGAUCCUAGUAGAAUACGAACUAAAUUAUCAUGUUUUUGUUAGCCAUGGACUGUCCUAACGAAAAGGAAUACAAUGAAUGUGGUUCCUCCUGUCCCCUGACCUGCCGAAAUGUUAUCAGCGACCAGACGAAGUGCGGAUCGCCUUGCACAGAUGGUUGUCAUUGUCCUCCAGGCAAGUGGCUGGAUGGGAAUAAGUGUGUUGAUAAAAGCGACUGUUCUUGUUUGUAUCGCGAUAUCACUUAUCCCAACGGAGCAAAGAGGGCAGAGCCCUGCCAGACUUGGUAAGAAUUUUAGUUCCCCUCUCCAGAAACUAUAACGGGAAUAGGUACAAGCUUUAGGCGCAACAAUUUCUGGGGUCUUUUGCAAUUGGGUGGACAAGCAUUGGUUAUGAUUAGCCUAUGGUAUUCAAGGCAAAGAUUAACAAAUCAUAACGCCUGUCCAUCCAAACUGUCCCAAAAAUCGCUGCGCCAAAGGUCUUAAUCCAUUUCCCUUACAGUUUCUUGAGCGGUGAAUUUCUUUUUAAAAAUGUAAAUUGUAUUUUAUUGUGAAUGCUGAGAAGUGAGAAACUCUACAAAUCCUUCUGCAAGUUCAGGAAAGAAAAGUGAGAUAAACUAGGGAUCAAGAAAUUUUUUUGGACCCAGCUUUCUUUUCCGGCAAAUUUGUCAAAAAAAUGAACUUCGCCAUAUUGUUCUGUCUUUUGCUUCAUGAGUUUCGCUUUGUCAGAGGUCACCUGUCAAAUAUUCAGUUAGUGUAGAACUGCCUUCCAACGUUUUGUACGAUGCGAGCUAUGUAAGUACAUCCAUGUGCAAAUUUCAACGGUAAAGUUUACUCAGUCUGGAUCAUAUAUUUUACCAACAAAAUUCUCCGUGGUAUGGAGACUUUUUAUUACAAGAUGCCAGUUAUCAAGAAUACUUUGUUUUUGUUUAUAGCACUUGUAACGGAGGGCUGUGGAAUUGUGUUAAGAAACCCUGCCCAGGUAAGCUGUCAGUUAUAGUGUCAUCAGUUUUUUGGUAACAGAGUAAAUGGUUUGAACCUGGGGAUCAUGUCAUAGGUAGGUGGAAUAUGAUAGUCCACAUCAGUGUGUAGUCCUGAAUAGGACUGAUGUUGACAGUGACUGACGUUUCGACAACCUGUUCGGUAGUCCUCUUCAGAUUCAGUAUUAUCUUGUCAGUUGAUGGUAUUCAAGUCUGGUUGUUGACCACAAAAUAACAAGAUAAUAACCAACUGGUAAUAACCAAAGGUCACGGAGUGCGGGCGACAACGAUUGAACGUCAAAACGCUUUUGCUCCAUCGCUGUGCUUUGCGUAAGUUUCGCGUGACAGAUAGUGAAAACACGUGUGAUCAGAUUACGAGUGAAAGAAGGUCGAAACGCGCGUCAUAAGAUUGCCUUCUGUGUAUUCCAUUCAUUCUUAAUAGAAGUCAAAAUGAAUGCUGGCUACAUACAUGCGACGCAUGCGUAAUAACAACCUGGAGAUUAGGGUUGCGGGCUCCUCUUGUCGCCCGCAAUAACUAAUCACUGCCAAGAACAUUCCUAUUGUCUUCAGUGGGUAAUAGCGUGCUAAAUAUAUUGACACUUACAUAAAGUGCGUUUUUUUCAGGGACCUGUUCUGUCCUUGGUGAUCCACACAUCACGACAUUUGACGGCGACAAGGGUUACACAAUGAAUCUCAAGCAGUGCGCCUACAUUCUCUCCGAACACUGUCACAUGCCAAAUGGAACAGACAGAGGUUUCUCUAUCACCAUUAGAAACAGGUGAGCUAAGGUUCUAACGACAGGGCCAUCUCACGGACUGUCAUCUUUUGGAAAUCUUUGUUCAGAAGGCUAAUCAUUUUUACACGAACGCAGAUGACACUGCUAAAUUACUUUGUUGUAGAAAAAGAGGUGUAAAAGGUGACCGCUGUGCUUUCAGGUUUGCCUUAAUGCAAUCCUUUUUAAUCUUCUUCAAUUCUGCCAAUCCGUUCUCCGUUCUGGAGUUUUUCCUACUUUAUAUCUUGUGUUUUUCUACCGCUUGACGCAGUUAUUUUGAUAUUUCAGUGUUUCCUGUGAAAUUUUUGGUUGAGUGCUGAAGUUUUAGAUCCACUCUCCCACGUAGUCUGCUACACAGCCGUUUUUAGUGUCGUCACGCAACGCAACGCAACGUAACGACACUAAAAACGGCUGUGUAGCAGACUACUCUCCCACGCAGAUGUUGUCAGGGCUUUAUCACGUGUUUGUGGGUGAGGAACACGUGACGAAAGCCUAAUAACGUCUGCGUUAGAGGCCACCUAAAAUGGCGUGGCCUUGCGCCUUAACCUUACCAUUUUUUUUUUCAUAUUAGGUACUGCUCUUCCUUGUACUCACACUGCAGACGAGAACUGCUCGUAAAUGUCACCGGCCAGCCCUACUUGAUCCUGGACAUAGACGACUGGACGAAGAAGCCAACUGCUUCCAUUCAAACGCAACAUGGUAGCGUGACCACCAUCACCAAGAGCUACUCGACGCAGAAGAUGGACGUGGAAUUUUUGGGCGACCAGAACAUAUUUAUCCACGUUGACCUGCAGGUGAGAUUUAGGUUAUUUUUACUUUUAGCCAUGUUCGUCGUCUGCUUGUGGCAAACAUACGAGUUACGAGUGUACCAAAAACUGAGGGUUUUUGGUCUUUUCUGAAGCCUUGCACUCCCAGAGUGAAUGAUGGAGUGUUGUAAGGUGGUUCUAAAUUUUGAGUCUGUGGAUGAAAUCAUAAAGUGUGACCAUUCAGAUGAAAGCUACUGAGCAGUACUUUCCUGUGGUACUGUUUAUUAUGCUGUACAAGGUGGUUCUAACUUUUGAGUCUGUGGAUGAAAUCCUAAAGUGUGACCAUUCAAGUGAAAGCUACUGAGCAGUGCUUUCUAGUGGUACUGUUUAUUAUGCUCUACAAGGUGGUUCUAAGUUUUGAGUCUGAGAAUCAAAUACAGUGGUGUGACCAUUCAAAAGAAAGCUACUGAGCUGUACUUUCCUCUGGUACUGUUUAUUAUGCUGUACAAGGUGGUUCUAACCUUUGAGUCUGAGAAUCAAAUCCAAUGGUGUGACCAUUCAAAUGAAAGUUACUGAACAGUACUUUCACAAAGUUCUAUUAAAUUUCAUGCUUUUUUUUUACAUUUGCUGGGUUAUUUAAACCUUACGCCUUUUUUAAAAAAUGGUUAUUCGUGUGCUUUGCUCAAUAGGCCAUUUCAGAGUUGCCCCAUGCCUCUGUUUCAAAGCGAAGCUAAGUGUGAAGCGAUUCACAUUUAUUCUCCUGCAAAAAAAGACUCAUUGUCACAAGAAAGGUUUUUCGCUUUGCCUCGCUUUGAAAGUGAGAGUUUUUGAAACUCGGAAAUGACCUAUUUAAUGGCCAGCCCCUAGUGGCUCAAUUUGGCUCAAUUUCGUGCCUCAAUUCCUUGAAGACUUGACCAGAAAAAUGAACGGAAGUUUAGGCGAAACGGGCGCAAGAGUAGUUACUUUUAGUACGCCUGAGUGAUAAUGACUGAUUGAGUUUGCAUGUCACCCAACAGAACGGCGUGGCGUUUUCCCUUCACUGGACAGGGUACAACACUUUCUUGACGGUGAAUGCUUCAUUGCAAGAUCAAACGUGCGGUCUCUGCGGUACGUUCAAUGGCAUGAAGGAAGAUGAUUUUCACCUGCGAAGUGGAGACGAUAAAGUAAGCUUGGAUGAGUUUGCUAGAGAGUGGUUGGUCCCUGAUCUGUCGGAGGAUAAAUGCUCGAAGGAGUCCGUGGAAAGUUCCAUUAACUACUGCGACAUAUACUUGCAAAAUAAAAACUGGACUCAUCAGCAAUGCAACGUGAUCAAAGGUACGAUAUGAGGGUUUGUUUUCGAAUUGCAUAGUCUUCGAGUCGUCGAAAUGAUCCUUUUCAUUUUUGGGUGAAAAUGUUAAAUGGCCCUGUCAUUGUUGUACAAAAACUAUAUUGCUCAAAGUGAAAUUAAUCUUUGGGUUAUAUUUAGUUUGUUUAAACAAACUGUUGCUGCGUUAACAAUUGCCGCAUUUUGUCAGGCAGUUUCGCGUAACUUGAAAACGUUUGAAGUGAAGUUGUGUCGACGUUCAGGCUGAAGUUACAUUACAGAUUUUAUUGGUGAUCUUGUAUCUCGGAGACGGUCGAGCGACUAUCCAGCAAUAAGUGUCAUUCAUUUUCGACCGGACGUGUUUGUUAUUUACUUGUAGAUCCUGUCGGGCCUUUCGCCGAUUGCCACAAGGAAAUUUCAUACGCUGAAUUCUACAAGAAGUGUAUCCAAGAUGGAUGUCGCUGCGAGGGGUGCCUGUGCAAUGUGAUCGCUGGAUAUGCAAAGGCAUGCGCGGCGAAGGACAUCGAUGUGAAUGGAUGGCGUAACUCUGUGAAACCAUGUUCUCAGGGUGAGCUAAAUAAUUUUAUGAUUUUGUAAUUAUUUCAGGGUAUCUUCCUUUUUUUGAUUUCUAUUUUAUUGCCAGCUUUCGCUUGCUUUCAUUUUGUCACAAGUCUCACAAUGCAAACGGCAUUCGCGGUGCCGUGAUUUAAUAGGCUGAUUUAGGCUGCAGAACGGGAACGUCAUUUGAUGACGGUGCGCGCAAAUCAAACCAAUGGCAGAGCGAGAAAUUGGGAAUCGGAAGUCGAGUUUAGUCCUUUUCGCGCGCUUUCCCGUCGUCAAAUGAGUUCCUGUUCUGUUUCUAAAUCAGCCUAUAUAUCAAACACAAGAGGGAGUGUUUUACCUGAUAUCAAAAUAUUAAGAUAUUUAAUAAACAAGAGAAACAGUUAUUCAUUUUAUGUCCUAAAACCAAAAAGCUACAAACCAGAGAGUGAGUUUUGUAUCUGACAUAAAAUACCAGGAUAUCUUAUUAACAUGAAGAGAAGUGUUUUAUUUGAUGUCCAAACACCAAGAAGUAAUGCAUCAAACACUAGGAGGAGUGUUUCAUCUGAUAUCAAAACACUAGAAGUAACAUAUCAAACACGAUAAAGAGUGUUUCACCUGAUAUUCAAACAUCAAACACGAGGAAGAGAACUUUAUUCAACACCGACUGACCAAACACGAGAUAGAGUGUUUCAUUUGAUAACUAAACACUGAGAAGUAAUACAUCAAACACGACAAGGAGUGUUUCAUCUGAUAUCAAAACACCAGAGGUAACACUGUAAACACGAGAAGUGAUGUUUCAUCCUACACCCAGACGAUGAGAAAUGGGUAAAGAAAAUAACGAAGCGUAGCUGACGGAAGUUUUUUUAAACCUAAUUCGUGUAAUAUUUUUAUCAGAUGAAACACACCUUUAAGUGUCUUUAGUGUUUUUUAAUGCUCUCAUUUUAAAGAUAUUGAAGGCAAACAAUCUCAGAAUUAUAUGCAGGUUAUUAGGGUGCGACUGAUUGAUCACAAAAAAAUAAUAAAUCUCUCUUUAGCAUUUUCGUGUGGAGCCGACAUGGUGCUUGAACAAUGCCACAGGUUAACCAACGGCUCGUUGAGUUGCCCUCAAACCUGCGAAGAUCUGGACCCAACCGAAGGAGACUGCGAGAGGUGUGUAUAUCCUCCUGUUCACAGUUUGAUAGAAAAAAAAACUGACUGUAGGGGUAACACAAUUACUUUUCAUUGUGGUCCGCAAGGUUAAGGAUCCAAACUGGCCGGAAACAAACCAGUUGGCUAUUUACAAUGUUGACUGAGGAGUUAUGGGCUGAAACAGAAACUGUAGUAAAGUGCUUUUAGGAAUUUCAAUGAACCAAUCAGAAUUGAAAGCGAAUGCAUGUAUAGGGCCAAGCGCGGGAAACGUUUGGGAGUAAGGCAGGAUCGGUUCUUUAAUUACUGCCGAUGGGUUGAAAAAAUGGCGCAAAUUUUUCCGACUUACCGCAAAGCGUGGAAAAAAUCGAGAUAAAGCUGCUUUGUCAAUCAUAACAAGCACAGACAUUCCGUUAAGACAGUUCACACUUUUGUGCGCAGGAGCGCACAAACGUGUCGAUUAGUUUUUCUUUCUCGCUGAUUUAAGAAAUGGCGCGCUCUUUUUUAUCCUGCUAUCAAAGGUUUCUUUCCGAAAUGAAUUUUAGCUUUACGAAGUCGUUAGGGUCGCUACCUGAAUGACAUUGAUGCGAACGACUCCGUAAGUGCUGAAAGCCAUGCAAAGCAAAAGGGAGAUUCUUUGCCAAUUUCCAGCAAAACAAGAUUCAUGUCCCUUACAUUUAAAGACAAGAUUCACGCUUCCAUUUAAAUGGAAGCGUCUAUGCUGCGUUGUCCCGUGUUUCGUCUUCUAGCAAGUAUUUUAAGGCCUAAGGAAUUUUUUUUAAAAUUUUUUUUACUUUUCUCCCCCUUUCCUAGGCGCGGCUGCGUGGAAGCAUGCUACUGCAAAGAUCCUAACUAUGUGCUGAGAGGUAACAAGUGUGUGCCGAAGUCGAACUGCCCUUGUUACUUUGAGGGAAAAGAAUAUGAACCUGGAUCGACAAGAAUUGAAAAAUGCAACACAUGGUAAGUGUUGAAUAAUUCCUCAAUUUCUAAGAGGACCAAAAUAAAGGGGAAAGAACAAACUUCAUUCUGUAAAACAGUACAGAACAAAUCUUACUGCACUAAAGUGCUCCUGGUGAUGUUUAAUGUGAAUGAUUACACCUUAUGAUUUCAUCCACGGACUCAAUAUUUUGAUCUUGCUUGAACAGCAUCAUACACAAAAGCAGACGAAAGUAUUGCACUGCAUGUUUCGAAUGAAUGAUUACAUCUCCACAGACGCAAAAGUGGAACUACUUUGUACAGCCUAAUGAACAGUACCACAGGAAAGUACUGCUCAGCAGCUUUUAUUUAAAUGGUGACACUUCAAGGUUUCAUCCACAGACGCAAAAGUUAAACUACAUUGUGCAGCCUAAUAAACAGUACCACAGGAAAUUGCCGCUCAGUAGCUUUCAUGUGAAUGGUGACGCUUCAGGAUAUCAUCCACAUAAUUUACAUUCAGAAGUACGUUAAGUAAUGGUCCAGAUAGGAAGGAAAGAACGAAAACGCAGUGAACACGUUGGAAUGCAAAAAAAACUUUACUAUUGUCUCUACUAUGGUUCUGAUUGGUUUAAACAUCAAAUUUUACGAAAUCUUCGCAAAGCAGCAUGUAUAUUAAUCCCUUUUUUUCUAUCCAACUUCCUUAUAACAAAAUCUCGUCCAAGUCUAAGUAACACAGAAAUCGUAUGUGCGGAUCAUGUAAAAUUGUGAACAUUUCUUGGCCAUUGUUUGCAACUCUUGUGAUUGGUCGAAAUGUUUUAACACAAAAAUACACCCUUCAAAAGUGGAGUUUAAAUACAUUUUCUUCCGUAAACAGCCUUUUUGUAGAUUUAUGCACUCUCUGCGUAAAAAUGAAAACAUUUCUAUGUGAGGAAAGCGUAUUGCGCCACAACAAAAGAAAUUGCUUUCCUUCUUACCUGGAUCAUUACUUAAACAGGAUAAUAGACAUCACCACAGGAAAGUACUUCUCAGUGGCUCUCUUUUGAAUGGUGACACUUCAGGAUUUCAUCCACAGACUCAAAAGUUAGAACCACCUUGUACAGCAUAAUAAACAGUACCACAGGAAAGU